AAGCCGUGGGCUCUCGGUGGCUGCUGGCACGCGCGGCUUGGAGACAGAAAUUCUAGCAAUGGAAAAGAAAUUAUUGUUGGUUGAUGUUGAUGCUGGAGUGGAUGAUGCUGCUGCCUUAAUGGUGGCACUGGCAGCGCCGAAUGUUGAAGUCCUGGGUAUCACUUGCUGUUUCGGAAAUACUACAGUGGAAAAUGUGUGUAAAAAUGUCCUUCGGGUAUUAAAAAAGUGUAACCAUUUACAGAUCCCAGUGUACCAGGGCGCUUCUUCCCCUUUACUUAAUACAACGAAAAAAGAUUAUUUUUAUGGAACAGACGGUUUAGGGGACGUACCUGAUGCUAAUGCUCCUGCAUUCGACCAAGUGCAACAGGAACACGCUGUAGCUGCAAUGAUAAGGAUCAUCAGUGAGAGACCUAACAAGGUAACUCUGAUUGCUACUGGGCCUUUGACUAAUUUAGCUCUGGCAGUGAAAAUGGACCCAAUAUUUCCUAAGAAAAUUAAAAAUAUGUUUAUAAUGGGAGGCAAUAUGUACUCCAGAGGAAACAUUGAUAUCUGUGCAGAAUUCAAUUUUGCAGCAGACCCAGAGGCAGCUUACAUUGUCUUAAAUGAAUAUACUUGUCCAACUGCUAUUACGACUUGGGAAUUUGCAAGUUCUAAUUCGCUACCUUGGGAAUUUUAUGAAAAGUGUACUUCACAGGACAGUGAAAAAGCAAGAUUUUUGAAAGAAAUCUAUACAGUAACCACAGGGUAUCAAAAGCGUCCCAUUCCCGAGUUAAGAGCCCUCUACCGGAAACCAGGAUUUGUGUCUUGCGAUUGCUUUGCAAUGGCAGCUGCAAUUGAUGAGGACUUGGUCACAGAAUCCAUGUUCUGUGCCGUAUCUGUGGAACUAACUGGCUCCCAUACCCGAGGAAUGAUGGUUUUGGAUAUAGAAGACAGGCUUCAGAAGGAAAACAAAGUUUCAAUUGCAAAACAGUUGGAUAUGGAAAAAUUCAAAGGUCUUCUGAUGGCUGCUUUGAAAUAGUAAUAAUA